CGGCAGUGGCAGUGGCAUCAUCAGUCACCAGCGAAGCCUGCUUGACAAGCAGUUAACUCUCAUACGUAUCUCACUUCAGCCUGCCGCACUUGGAAAAAGACAAUGAUGGUGAUGUCGUCUACUGAUCUCAUUGCAGAGUUAUGAGCAGAGGUGAUGCCGAGAUGCAAUUUAAAGAUGGACAGAUUGUCCUGGUGUCAGUUGGUGCAGGCAGACAGACUCAUAAGAUGGACGGCUCUAUCCCUUCAGCCAGCUAGUACCGGUUCCCCAAAGGGAACGCCUUCCAAUGAUGCUCCUGAACCAGGAACCGCACUUUGACCAGCUCUUCACAAUGUUGGAGAAAUUAAGCAGACUUGACCUUGGGGCACUUAAGAUGGAGAGCCAGGAGCGUGUGGGACUGCAGACGGCGACAGUUCUCUCCCGUAAAGUGUGGGAGUUGCUUAUGUUACUGCCGACCAACACUGAUGUCCUUAAUGGCUUCCGCAGCAUCAUAUAAUGGAUCGACACCAACUCAAGACUUGAAGAAGCUCCUAAUCCUCACAGUCCCCACAGACUCAUGUAUUCCCUACAGAUUGUUGAGGGACUGUCCUGGGUCUCUAAAAACAGGCGCCAUAGGUCUAUGGCCCAUCGAGGCGGUGGUGACUUGUACAGGACUAGCACAGAGUCCGAGAUGUCUGUUGAUGACGAACAACCUCCAGAGGAACACUGGAGUAGGAAGUUCACAGAGAAGAAAGGGUUGAGCCACAUGUUCAGCAUCUUCAAGUUUGGCAGCCUACAGAUGAAAGAGGAUGAAGCCUGGAGUCAGGAGUGCUUGGCCUUCCUGCUGCGGCUGAUAUCUCAGUUUUCCAUCGACACAUCAGACAUCGAGGCAGGGCAUGAUGAUGUGUUUGAGACAAGCCACGACAGCCCUAAGAAGAAACCGAAGAAGCAGAAACAGGCUAACAAGAUCAUCAUACCAAGACUGGAUCAGUGAUUCCAACUACAUGAACGCUGGGACUUGAGGUAGAACAGAAGUGGUUCACUACUCCUUGUCCCUGCUGGUGUCAUGGGCGUUUUCCGCCGACCAGGUGAAAGACUGCCUGUGUUCCUCUGCAAACUUUCACUGCUGGCUCAAACGACUCACUCUUGAGUGCGGCACCGUAGCCCCAUGUAAGACGGGAGGCCUGUAUGGGACUGUACCGGCUGUGUUUUGGGCGGACAGCGGAGGGGAAGACGGGUUAUCCAUUCCUGCUACCAAUCCUAUCUAGUCUUCUUAACUUCCUGUCCGAUGCCCUCAAG